UUAACAUCAAGGCAUCACUCAUCUAGCUGCAACUUGAGCAAAGAUUAAUAGACCUUUCAUGACAUCAGCCUUCAAACUUUCCACAUUGGGAUGAACUCUCAUUGGCUGCUGAGCUGCUGACAUCAUUCAUACUCAUGAAUAUUCAUGUCUGUAUAGUGUGUGUAAGAGGGUGAAAGAAAAAGAGAGUAAGUGAGAGAGACGGUGAUCUCCUCAGAAUUGCACGUGAUCACUUGGCUGGUUUUCAUUUAUACCCUCGCUACUAGAUUUUUGGGAUUGACUCCAAAUCUUCUGAAGUUGUAAAGGUCUCGUCAUCAACCCUGGUUUAAUUGAGGGACAUCAAUACUUGAAUACAUAGGCCAUCUCAUUUUCUAUCGAAAGAAAGACUCAUUAGCAAACAAGUAAAGGAUACCUUUCUCUAAGUCUAACCCAACACAGAUUAAAGCAGUCAACGAACCUUGCAUUUCCUCAAAUUUAAUAGACACAAAGUAGAUUCUCGCGCAUUUCAAGACUGAAACAUCUGCGAUAAUUGACUCGGAUGUAACAUUGUGCUUUGGAAACCGGUAGAACCAGGAUGGUUAUCGCAUCGCUCAUGCUCUCCCUCCGAUGGGUAGAACUCACUCACACAUCAAACCCCUGAGAAAUCAAACAAGGAGGAGAAUCUGCGUUACAGCUGUAGCAGGGAAUCCUGGGAUAUUAAUAGUUCCGUCAUUCAUGUGUUUGUCAUUGGGGAAAGCUGCAGGGAUUCCGAAGCACAGUGCUGAUAUUUAUCAUUCAUGAGUUAGGACAUAAUUCUCUACCUGAUUUUAUCAUCAAUUCCACCUCAGCGAGUCUCACAGAGUUGGAUUGUCUGACGCUGCAGGUUCAUCUGGAAACACUGGUUCAUCAACAUGGACAUCACUUCACUAAUGACAGCUGUACUGACUCUCAGUCUGGUUUCAUUGACAUUAUCAACAACCCAACCUCCAACAGGUAUUCCUACAACCCUUCCACCUACACAUGCUGCACAAGGAUAUCCUCAAGGACCGGAGGCUACGGUAGGUGAGCCAGAUGAUAUGGAGCUAAUCACUGAAGAACUUGAGGAACUGAACGAGAGCCACAAACAAUUGAACAAUCAACAGGAGCAACAGACACAUCAUCAUCAAGAGCAUCAGAAGCAACAGCUUCAGCAACAGCAGCAGCAACAACAGCAGCAGGUCUCAAUGCACCAGGAAAUGCUUCAUCAGCAGCAGGCCUGUGGAAGAAGCUGCUGCGGGUUCCCAGGAAUGCCUGGGAUCCCAGGAGCACCAGGACACAACGGUCUCCCAGGAAACCCUGGCAUCAAAGGGGAACCCGGAAUGAAAGGGGACGGCGGGAACGGGGGCCAGCAGGGAUUGGCUGGACGCCGUGGAUCCAAGGGACCAAAGGGUAAUAGAGGACCUGAAGGUCCACCAGGAAUGAAAGGAGAUAAAGGAGACUUUGGAGGAAUGAAAGGUGAUCCAGGAGAAAGGGGCAUACCAGGAGAACCGGGUAUAAAAGGACUACGUGGACCCAGAGGCCUUCCAGGGAUCCAAGGACCAGCAAAUCAUGCACUUCCUUCAGAACUUCGCGUAGCUUUCACCGUAAUCAACGCCACCCGCUUCCCAACAGCCAACACACCUAUCGUCUUCCAAACCAUCCUCAGUAACUCCGGAGAAGGCUACAAUCAGGACACUGGCAAAUUCACCUGCAAGGCUGCAGGGCUUUACGCCUUCACUUUUCAAUUUUUUGGUGGAUAUCACAAUUUUCGAGCGGAAAAAGCCAGUCUUAUAAAAAACUAUGAAACUGCUUUAACAGCAAUGUCUACAGUGGACUCGAGACUGGGAAACUUUGCAAUUCUUGAUUUAGAGGAAAAUGAUGAUGUCUGGGUACAAAUCACAGAAAAUAGAGACUUUGGACCAUCUAACUAUAAUUCCUUCACUGGUUUUCGUCUAUACUGAUUUUAUGAAUUCUCUUUGAUGACACAAAGCACAAAUAUGUAUCUUUAAUCAUUCUCUUCCUCAAAUAUCAAACAUUCACUUUCAUGUUGUGAAUUAUGGCAAUAUUUUCAUUCUCUUUCUAACCUCAUGUCAAAAUCGCAUGAUGUUACCGCAAGGAAUGUCAUAAGAAGGUUGUAGAUUUUAAUUAUGUUUGUUACUUUGAUUUAAAGAAGUUAUGCAAUCAUGAUAGGAGUUGGUUUGUUCUUUUUGCUAUUGAAUAUCUAUCUUGCACAAGUAAAUUUUUAUAUGAUUUAUUUACCACAUCAAUUUAUGAACAAAAUUACAGCAUGCUCUGCUCAACUAUAUUUGUUUUCUAUCCUUUUUUAUGUUUUACUAACUACAUGCAAGUAACUAAAACUGACUUAAAACAACUUUCGAUCUCAUUGAAUUCUUAAUAGAUGCUGAAAAGAAAAUUAGUUUACUUUGCAAUAGCUCUUUAGAAGAUGUUACUGUAACAAGUAGAAGCCAAUAUUUUAUAGUUCAUAGAUCUUUCAUACAGAAAAUUAAUCUAACUUACAGCCAUCUUGAUUUAUAUUCUCCCUGAUUUCAUGAUCAUCUUUGAUUUGGACUCUUGAAGAAAAAUGUAACUGUCGAAUAAGUGUAACAUAAUUCAUUUAUAAUUUUUCACAUUAUUUAUGGAUUCAUGUAUUUAAUGUUUUUAUACACCAAACAUGUACAUAAUCUUUAUCUUGGUAAAUUAGGAUUGCUAGUUAGAAUGUAAGUUAUACGUUAAGAUUAUAAAAAAAGAACUUUGGUUCAUCAUGUUGAAAACAGCCAGAUUUGAAUUCAAAAUGGCAAUACUGAUAUAAAAUAUGUAAUUUCUAAACUUCAAUGGAAUGCAUUAAGCAAUAUGAAUGAAAAAGAUGGAUCCUUUUCAAUUCAUUCAAAGAUAAAAGGGACCCACAAAAUACUCUUCAAGUUCAAUUCAUUUUUCAACACU